AUGGAGGCAUUAGCAGAUCCAAAUACUCACUUAGUCGGAGUUUAUGGCUCAGAUGAUGAGAUCAAAGACACUUUGCUUCAAAGAGUCUACAGAAGAGUUCAAAGAGAUCAACUGUUUGGCGUAGUUGUGACAGCAAAGGUAACCAAAUAUCCUGAUGUGAAAAAGAUUCAAGAGGAUAUUGCAUGUCAAUUGGCGUUUACUUUUAAUCACAUGUCCAAGGAAAAAAGAUCCAAAGAAUUAAUUCGUAGGAUCAAGAACGAGCAUAAUAUUCUCAUUGUACUUUGCGACCUGCAGAAGGCACUUGACCUCAAUAACAUAGGAAUUCCAUAUGGUGCAAAUCACACUGGCUGUAAGAUAUUACUCACUUCUACAGCUGAAGAUGUGCUAUCCCACCACAUGCAUACCCAGACAAAUUUCAUGGUUUAA